GAACGACUCUUACACUAAUGCCACGUUAUUUCGGUACAACUUGCUCUGGGCUGUGAGCGUUAGGACUGAGAUUUUCACCCUCUUUGUUCGGCUAUGUCCAGGCGGCAGAUGUCGCUUUUUUCGACCGUCUACUGCUGCAUUCGUGUCGGUCGUUGUGGUAAAGUUUAAGCCCUGGACCAGUGCUCCAUUUAACAACAGGCUAACAAACUUGUCAGAAUGAUUAUAAUUAGCAUUAACAAUGACUAUCAACGAGCCCGCAGUGUGUUCUAUGUUACUAUUUUAACUGUAUGUUUUUUAAAACAUUAAGUGACGCACAAAGGAAUACAUUGGCGAAAUCUGAGUUGCAUUUUUUCUGUUGGUUUGUAUGAAAUAUCAUUGCAACUGUGCGUAACUAAUAUUGGAGUUACAAAAACCAAAAAAGUAGUGGUAUUAAAUGUAUGUUCUCUGUUAUUGUGGAGCUCUUUUGAUUUUUUACUCUUGUUGUACAGAUGAGAUGCGAAGGGGAACAGCUGUGAAGGAACUGUAAACGACACCUGAUAUGUCCGGUCCCACUUGGCUUCCACCAAGGACUCUGGACAGCAAAGAACGAGCAGUGCCUCAGAUGUCGCACACUGCUGGGUCAGCGAUUUACCGAGUCCCCAACAAGAAGGGCGUGUCUGAAUUUAGGCCAAAAUAUGGUCCAUAUGACCAAAAUGGAGGAAGUGGUGGAGCUGGAGAGAUGGGCAACAGGUACAUGGCCACUGGACCCACAGGUGGAGCUGUUCACCAUUCGGCUAGUGAUCAUUAUUAUUCUCCUUCUCAUGGAUCUAAAGAAGAUCGACACUGGAGCCCCCAUCUGGACAGUUAUGAACACAUGCAUCGAGGACCUGAAAAGCAAAUGAACUAUCACUCCAAAAUUGACGCUGACAUUGAUUCCCUCACCAGUAUGUUGGCUGAUCUGGACAGCCACCCACAGGACUCAAGCACACAACUGUACGAUAAUGUGCCUUACGCCACGUACAUCUCAGGGGACCACUACAAGCCCUCUCACCAGAUUGCAGCUCCUCCUCAGGGUCGCCCUACCAUGGGCUACCCUCCUCACCCUCAGAGCCAGUACCACCCUACACCUGCUCCACCCUACCCCAGUGAACAUCAAUCAUCUCAGUACACUGCCUCCCACCAGCAGGACUACUACACCUCAACACCCAAGCCCUACCCCCAGCCUGUCCCAGCCUCUUACACCACUGCCUCGACUCCAACCGGCCCCAGGUUCAGUGUCCAGGUCAAAACAGCACAGCCCGUCACCUACUCCCAGACCGGGAGGCAGGCUGAACAGGCCUACACCCCUCCUCCCCCUCGUCAGCACGUGUCACGGGCCCAACCUCAGGCUCAGACACUCAGUGCUCAGGGUUGGUACCCUCAACACCCUGGUUCACAAGGUCAAGAUUUGCACACUGAGGCUGGGUUCAAGGGGGGCAGCACAGGGUCUGGAGGACGUGCCAACCAUGUCCCUGUCACCAAGAGAGGGAUGGACACUCAGACUGGAGCAGGAGCUUUGCAGAGUUCUGCUUAUCAGUCCAGCAAGCAAGUUGCAGCAACAACAAGGCCAGAGGAGGAACUGGAAAGACUCACCAAGAAAUUGGUGUACGAUAUGAACCACCCACCUGCAGAGGACUAUUUUGGUCGUUGUGCCCGCUGCGGAGACAACGUGGUGGGCGAUGGCAGCGGUUGUAUCGCCAUGGAGCAGGUGUUUCACGUCGAGUGUUUCACUUGUAUCACCUGCCAUGCUCGUCUGCGAGGCCAACCCUUCUAUGCCCUGGACAAAAGGAGUUACUGUGAGAGUUGUUACAUUAGCACAUUAGAGCGAUGUUCAAAAUGCUCCAAACCCAUCCUGGACCGCAUCCUACGGGCCAUGGGGAAAGCCUACCAUCCUCGCUGUUUCACAUGUGUGGUGUGCAACUGCUGUUUGGACGGAGUUCCCUUCACUGUUGAUGCCACCUCUCAGAUACACUGCAUAGAUGAUUUUCACAGAAAAUACGCUCCACGAUGCUCAGUGUGUGGUGAGCCCAUCAUGCCUGAACCGGGUCAGGAGGAGACAGUCAGGAUAGUGGCACUGGAUCGCAGUUUUCAUGUCAACUGUUACAUUUGUGAGGAAUGCGGCCUCCUGCUGUCUUCUGAAGGCGAGGGUCGGGGCUGUUACCCGUUGGAUGGCCACAUCCUGUGCAAGAGCUGCAGCGCUCGCCGCAUCCAGGACCUCUCUGCCAAAAUCUCCACUGACUGCUAAACAAAUCCUUCAUUUUCAACCAUUAAGCCUUUAUUUGUAGAGACGUGAUUUUUUUCCCCUGCCUGCUCUGGACCUUGGCUUAAACAAGUGGUCUGUAGCUCCCCCUGCUGGUCUCUUCCUGUAUUUUCAAUCACAGUUGUCCAUUUUCCGUUUUUGCAUUUAUUUAAACCUGGGUUCUCUGGUGAUAUUUGUUUCUGAUGUUUCAUCAACAUUUGUGGUACACAGCGGCCCUGCGUCUUUAUUUCUGCUCAGUAUUAAUGUAACAGAAGCCUGACCUGCAGGCAGCUUGGGCUCCACUCUAUAACUCCAUGAACCUAUACUGGUACUGGCCACAGGGCAGCUCACACACAUCCAUUAACCUAUUAUCAGAAAUGUCAGCCUUAAAACAGGUAGUUGGUGGAAAAGGUGACAUGAGUAAUAGUCAGGAUGAUGACUUAUCUAAAUGCUGUACGUCUAUAACAAGUGUGUGAAAAAUAACACUUAACAACUGUGAGUGUACAUAACAGAAAGAUUUGGUUUAAAAGCAUGUGGUGUGGUGAGUCUUUGCGGUGGUUAGGGUUAGCCUACUGUUAGCCUUCAAAGCACAAGACAUAUAGACACAAAGAAUGUGUUGUGUGAACUUUACAGUUUAACAACAAAUCCAUUUUUUUCUUUUUUGCUGAACGCAAGAAUGAAGUUGCUCAAACAUAUUUAAGCCUUCAAAGUUUGUUUUCUUUUUCGCCUUUGGUCUGGCUAAGCUCAUUGAUACAAAAUCAUGUUACUUUUGUAUGUUUCUUAUGUGUGUUUUGGUCAAUACUUGACUGUUACUUUCGAAGACGCCGGUGCAAUGAAGUCAAAUGUUGUCUUCUGUCCUGAGGAACACAGGGUAUCAGUCACUUUCCUCUUGUGUGAAGCUCAGGCCUCAUGUGACAAGACUAAAAAGUAAAAACAUAAUUCAACAUAACAACUCAAAAAAGUACAUUUGUGACAUUAAGAAUGUUUUUUUUUUUAAUUAUUAUUCUACACAUGAGGGCAGAGUUUCACAUUGUGAUGCGUUGAAGCUCCUGUUUAUGUGACAACUGUCAUAAACACCUGUGUUUUUAUUCCAUCCUCUUGUUUUCAUGUGUAACUUAAGGGCUAAAAACUAAAAUAAUCCUUACCUCAAGGAUGUCAUUCAGUCUUCUCAACCAUCAUCACAUAUAAAGGUAAAUUCUGCUUUUAUCUUGGCAGAACCUGAUCACGUUACUAGGUUUGUUUAACUCUUUGUGUACGUUUUUGCUUGUGUCGUUCUUAAUCAUGUCAACUCAUCCGGGUCACACCCAGACUCUGUCAAAAAGCUGUGAAUUAUUAAGCUGGUAGAUCAGAAAGAUCAUGCUGCCGCAGUCCACCCGUUGGUUCAAACUGAAGUGAAGGAUCAAAAGGUCAAGUUCUACCAAAUGAAAAGGAUUUUGAGGUAAAAACGGUUCUCUGCAUGUGUGAACCCAACUGUGUUUUUGUUCUUUACACAGGUUUGUAGCCACAUAUUAUUGAUGAUGAAUAUUAAAAUAUCUGCAAAUUCA